GAGGAGAGUGAAGAACUGAGAGAAGUGAAGGAGGAACGUCAUGUCCAACCUGGAGAAAACCCUUACAAGUGUUCACACUGUGACAAGAGAUUCAGUCGGUCAUCAUCUCUGAAAACACAUGAGAGGAUCCACACUGGAGAAAAACCUUACAAGUGUUCACACUGUGACAAGAGAUUCAGUCGGUCAUCACAUCUGAAAACACAUGAGAGGAUCCACACUGGAGAAAAACCUUACACGUGUUCACACUGUGACAAGAGAUUCAGUCGUUCGGGAACUCUGAAAAGACAUGAAAGGAUUCACACUGGAGAAAAACCUUACACGUGUUCACACUGUGACAAGAGAUUCAGUCGUUCGGGAACUCUGAAAACACAUGAGAGGAUCCACACUGGAGAAAAACCUUACACGUGUUCACACUGUGACAAGAAAUUCAGUCGUUCGGGAACUCUGAAAAGACAUGAUAGGAUCCACACUGGAGAAACACCUUACAAGUGUUCACACUGUGACAAGAUAUUUAGUCGUUUAUUACAUCUGCAAACACAUGAUAGGAUCCACACUGGAGAAACACCUUACAAGUGUUCACACUGUGAAAAGAGAUUCAGUCGUUCGGGAACUCUGAAAACACAUGAGAGGAUCCACACUGGAGAAAAACCGUACAAGUGUUCACACUGUGACAAGAGAUUCAAUCACUCAUCAUAUCUAAAAACACAUGAGAGGAUCCACACUGGAGAAAAACCUUACAAGUGUUCACACUGUGACAAGAGAUUUAGUCGUUCAGGAACUCUGCAAACACAUGAGAGGAUCCACACUGGAGAAAAACAUUGCACGUUUUCAGACUGUGACAAGAGAUUUUGUCAUUUAUUACAUAUGCAAACACAUGAGAGGAUCCACACUGGAGAAAAACCUUACAAGUGUUCACACUGUGACAAGAGAUUCAGUCAUUCACUAAAUCUGAAAACACAAACACAUGAGAGGACCCACAGUGGAGAGAAGCCACACCAGUGUGAUCAGUGUGGAACGAGUUUCUGUUUUAAAACUCACCUGAAGCUACACAUGAAGAUCCAUGCAGUGGAGAAACCACAUCACCACAGUCUGAGAUCACGACCUGACGUCGUGAACAAGAAAGACGUGGACAAGAUGUGAAAAAGAAAGGAAAAACAAUGAAUUUCUGGCAUGUCAGAAAUUUUGGUUGCUCCUCGUGCCUAUAUCGCACAGUUGAAGCAGAGCUUCACCUAUUGCCCUAAACUCAGUGUUUUUUCCCUCACUGCGCCGGCGCGAAAACAAGUUUAACAAGUUCAUCUUUAAUGCAGAAAGAAAGAAAAAUUACUUAUUUUCUU